AAUACGCACUGACCCGAGUGAGAUUACACAGAGUUUAGUCUGCUACUCAACAAUGGCUGACCAAGUUGAGAUGCCAAGAGUGAAGUUGGGUAGCCAAGGACUUGAGUUAAAGCACAUUCUUGGUCAUCAUCUUGUUCAAAAUCUUUGCUUUUUGACAUGGGUUUUUUCUUGAUUGUCUGUUGAAUGUGUUAAGUUUAUUCUUGCUGAUUGGUGUUUUACAGAAAGUUCGAUGAUUCCGGGAAAUAGUUGUGGCCCAUUGUAUGUCUUGGUUGAGAUGAUCACCUGAGAGUUGCAUUUAUAGUUUUUUAUGUUUAAAUUUGUUUUUGUGGUUGGUUAUGAACUGGGUUCUGGAGUGUUGGAUGGACUAUUUUGGGGAAAGUUCCUCGUGUCGACCAUGACCAGAGCAUUCAUGGUGUUGAAGGAACUGAUGAGUCGUAAUGUAAGAAAGCUGUUAUGGCUAUUUUUAGAGGUUUCAAGAAUAGGUUUCGGUUGUAUGGGUUUAACUGGAAUAUACAAUGCUGCAAUACCUGAGGAUGAUGGAAUUGCAAUACUCAAGGAGGCAUUUAGCAAAGGAGUUACAUUUUGGGAUACUGCAGAUAUAUAUGGUGAGGAACAUGCUAACGAGUACUUGGUUGGGAAGGCACUAAAGCAACUCCCUCGUGAAAAGGUCCAGUUGGCCACAAAGUUUGGUGUAUUUAAAUUUGAGCCCUCAAAAGUCACAGUAAAAGGCACUCCUGAGUACGUUCGCUCCUGCUGUGAGGGUAGUUUGAAGCGCCUUCAAAUGGACUACAUAGAUCUUUAUUAUAUACAUUGCAUAGAUACUACAGUACCAAUUGAAGAAACAAUGGGUGAGCUAAAAAAAUUAGUUGAAGAAGGCAAGAUAAAGUACAUUGGGCUAUCUGAAGCUAGCCCAGAUACCAUAAGGAGGGCACAUGCUGUUCAUCCUAUCACUGCUAUACAGCAGGAAUAUUCCCUGUGGACCCGUGACAUUGAGCCAGAGUUGCUACCUCUCUGCAGGGAACUUGGAAUUGGGAUAGUUCCAUAUAGCCCCGUUGGUCGUGGUCUUUUUGCUGGCAAGGCUGUUGUUGAGAGCUUGCCUCAGAAUAGUUACUUGAAAUUUAGUCCGAGGUUUAUGGGAGACAACUUUGAAAAGAACAAAACCAUCUAUUUCCGCUUAGAUGCAUUAGCUAAAAAGCAUGGGUGCACUCCUGCUCAACUUGCAAUUGCUUGGGUACUUCAUCGUGGUGAUGACAUUGCACCUAUUCCUGGAACAACUAAGAUCAAGAAUCUUCAUGAUAACAUCGGUUCUGUGAAAGUCGAGUUGACCGAAGAGGAUUUAAAGGAGAUCUCUGAUGCAGUGCCCGUCGAUGAUGUUGCUGGACAGAGGAUUGGAGAUGCAAUGUACCGUACUUCAUUUUACUUUUCUAAUACACCACCACCAAAGAAGUGGACACCAGAGUAACUUGUUUGAUGCAACAGUAAGUCCAGUUGUUACUUGUUCUCUCUUUGUGUGCCCUCUUCUUAUUUGCUUUUGGUUUAGCUGGGGUUCCUUUGCAAUCCACAGCUAAUAUUUAUGGCAAAGGAUUAUUUUGUUACAACUUUUCCUGAUACAUUUUUGUUAUACUGUAUAUUUGAAUGACAC